GAUCAAUCAAGGGCAAAUGUUGGUGACUUUUGCAGAUAGUCGGUCAGCCCUUAAUGUCUUGGAUGUGGAUGGUAUGAAGGUUAAAGGCAGAGCAGUGAAGAUCAGACCAAAAACAAAGGAUUGGCUGAAAGGUCUUCAAGAAGAAAUUGUACGGAAACGGGACAGCAUCGUGUCCAUGUCACCCACUGCCAACUCCUGUCUCUUAGAAGAGAAUUUUGACUUCUCCAGUUUGGACUACGAAUCAGAAGGAGAUAUUCUUGAUGAGGACGACGACUACUUGAUCGAGGAGCAAAAUCCUACCUUCCUCCCUGACCCAGAAUUGUCAGGGGACGAUUAUUCGGAAGCUUCGGGCUCUUCCACAGCAGGGGCACCUCCAAGCAAGUCUCCCGCCUUAACUAAAAAGAAAUCUCGCCCAUACAAAG